GUGAAAUUACCUAUUUCUGUGAGUGAAUGGUAUCGUCCGAGUAAACACUACCAGCUGGGCGCUAGUAGACUCACCUCACCUCCUCACCGGUAUCGUAGGCGCCAUUGAAGCCAAAUAUAACGUUAUAAAUGAUACCAAACGGAAGUCGGGGAAGAUGGCGGUAGCGGACCACCCGAAGAACUUUGCCAGUCAAGAACCUGUGUCUCUGAUUUCUCCACGAGGCCAUCGAAUAUGCCAGGCAUACGAAGAGGAGGCAUUUCUGGCCAAGGCGGGUGCCGUGAUCAUGAGUCAAGGCUAUUUUGACAGAGUCUCCAAACCACAGGGUGUUGUGGACUUUGGAGUCAGUGAGAACAAGCUGAUGUUUGAUGUUGUCGAGAAAAAGUUGGCUGAACCCAAGAUACAGAAGCUUGAACCCCACAUGCUGUAUUAUGAUGAGAUGCCUGGAAGCAUGAGGUAA